AUGGCAGUGCUGCGAAGCCAUGGCUUGUUGCACAUCGAAAAGGGCCUAUCGUGCGAAGACAUAGAUUAUAUUCGCGACUAUGGACCAAUUCGAGACCUAGACCGGUCGUACCAUGUCGAGACGUUCUCGCCAUUCAAUUGCAGCACAAGCGAAUAUACCAUGCAUCCCAGCGAAGGGGACGACACACUACACGAGAACCUCUGGUACAACCGCGACUUGCACUCCGUCCAUCAAGAGCAACAUCCCAAACUCUCGGUUCACAAGGCCCACACAAACCACUACCUUGACGCUCUCCGAGAACGGCUGAUGUGCUUCUCGGAUGUAACUUUCCUGCCGCUGGUGUAUAUCGACAGAGAAGGCUGGACACUGCCAGAAUUUGAGAGGCGCCACAAAUGCCACAACUUUGACGCAACCCAGGAGUGGGCGUACAAGCAUAGAAUAUCCAAUGCUGCUGCCAAGUACAAAAAAGUAGCUGGGCCGGAGAAGACUCUUACUAUUUUCCCCGGAUUCUAUGACAUUUACCCAGAGCGUAACAACCCAGAUCAUAAGGAUCCAGGCCAUGAGUAUUUAGACAAGAAGGAACAUAGUUAUUGA